CCCCUUUCACCGAAUGCCUCGUUUUUUGUCUCUCUAAUGGAAAAGACAUCUCGUCUUGAAACAGCGAUACUCUGCUGAACAUAUUAAAGCUCCAGAGUGACUGCUGUCUGCACGAACGACAAAGUCAUCUUCAUUUUCACUAGAGGAGCUUCAAGCAUGGCAAACAAGGGUCCUUCUUAUGGGAUGAGCCGCCAGGUGCAGGAUAAAAUCGAGCAGAAGUACGACCCUGAGCUGGAGGUGCGUUUGGUGGAGUGGAUCGUGACUCAGUGCGGCUCUGGGGUUGGAAAACCAGAGGCUGGAAAACUGGGUUUCCAGGCCUGGCUCAAAGACGGAUGUGUUUUGUGUGAGCUCAUCAAUACUCUGUGUAAGGACAAGCCUGUGAAGAAGAUCCAGAGCUCCAGCAUGGCUUUCAAACAGAUGGAGCAGAUCUCACAGUUCCUCAAUGCUGCGGAGCAAUACGGCGUCGUCAAAACCGACAUGUUUCAGACCGUAGAUCUGUGGGAGGGAAAGGACUUGGCCGCGGUGCAGAGGACUCUCAUGGCUCUUGGCAGCAUCGCCGUUACUAAAGAUGAGGGCAGCUUCCGCGGAGAUCCCAGCUGGUUCUUCAAGAAAGCUCAUGAGAACCGGAGAGAUUUCUCUGAUGACCAGCUGAAAGAAGGGAAGAGUGUCAUAGGUCUGCAGAUGGGGUCCAAUAAAGGGGCGACCCAGUCCGGCAUGACGGGCUACGGCAGACCUCGACAGAUCAUGAACCCAUGAGCCAAGCGCUCGCCAGUCCUUCCCUCGGUUCCCGGAGCGUCCCAGCUGGCCAGAGCAACAGUGUAAUAAAUAUAGACUCCACUCAGUACUAAAACAAAUUUCCACACCCAGUGUCAGUCCCUACUUGUGUAACAUAUUUGGUCUAAUUAAAAUGUUCUUUGUUGAACAGAGUAGAAUUGAGUGUUUCAUCUACUGUGCGGUCUAACCUUCAGCUAUCUGCAAAUCAACAUCACAUCAAAAUUAUCCCCAUUUACUCUUAUUGUGGUGCAUGUUAAUGCAAAAAUAAUUGUUUUACUUGCUCUACUUAUGAAACGUCUUGUCUUUUAGGCCGAUUUCACUGAUCAAGCUUAUAUUUCACUACCUGUCAUACAGAAAGACUUCUUAGCAACCAAUCAAUUCCUCAAAGUCAGCUUCACUCGCCUCAGAAAUGAAUUGGCAUGCUAUCAACAUAUUGUGUUGAUUUUAAGAGCUCGUCUAAAAACACUUAACACUGUAACCCAUGCAGAGAUCACGGAGAUAAUAAAACAGUUUCCCUUUUGUUUUUAUUCAGACCACAUCUGAGUUCUUGUUCACAAGAAUACCACACUUCAGUGUAAAAAAAAAAAAAAAA